UACUACUAUUUGUAUAGUACAGCACAUUAAUAUCAUCAAAUUUCAGCCUUAAAACGUAUUGGUCAGAACGCAUAAAUCAUGUCUACUGUAUCUGCAACUUCCAAAGACCCUAAAAGACGUCGUACAAUAAAAGCUGAUGUGGCCAGUAGUGAAACAAAGCGAUCCAAAGUUUCCAUUCUUGAUUCUCAUCAGGCAAAAUCUCGGUCAAGUGCCCAUCAUUUCCAUGCAGAGGAAGAGGAAGCAGCCUCAAGAGAUCCCAUCAAGGAUGUUGAUCUAUACAAACACACUUGCAAGGAAGUCAGCAAAACAUUUGCAGAAAUAUGCGAGCUCAAGAAAACUGAGGGAAAAGAGGAUGCUGUCACCAACAAGCGAAUCCAUGGAUCUCUCCAGUUCAUAGCCUUGAGGAAACUGAAUCGCCUCUCCCACCUGCGCUGCAAGAAAGUACGAGAUGCGACUAAUGAGGCCAAGCAGAAGAUUGAUCUGUAUCACCUUCAGCUUCAGAACCUUUUGUAUGAAGCUAUGCAUUUGGAGAAGGAGAUCACGAAAUGUUUAGAAUUCAAGUCAAAGGAUGAAGAAAUUGAGUUGGUAGAUGUUGAUACUUUUUACAAAGAAGCUCCAAAAGAAAUAUCAAAGCCAGCGAUAACCAAGAAGGAUACCCAUAUUCAGACAUUGGCGAGGUUGGAUUGGGAGCUAGAACAGAGAAAAAAAUUGGCUCAGAAGUUGAAGGAUACACAAGACAGUAAGGAAGUUAUCUCAAUAGAUAUCAAAUCAAAGCAAGAAUAUCUGGAGAGCCUGCAGCCUAAGCUAAAUGCUAUUCUUGAGGCAAGUACACCAGUGCAAGAUUACCUAGGGCUGCCCUUUGACAAGAUCCAAGAACAGCAUAAGACAGCUCACUUUCUCCCAGCUCCUCUUUAUGUGCUCUAUAUGCAGAGUUCAGGCUACAAGGAAGCUUGUGAUAAAAAACUGUCUGUAACAAUUGAAGGCAGUUUGAACGAUGCCAAGGCUUUUCAUGAUGCUCCGUCAGAUGCUGAAGAUGAAAGUGACAGUGAUCAAGAGGAGUCGGAGAAAAAAAGGAAGAAGCACAGGCGCCGUACCACAACGACAGACAAAGUAUCAGAUAAGAAGAUGAAGCUUUUGAGGAAACAUCCUUUAUCCGUGCUGAUGAAGUUGGAAUUUAAAGAUGGCAUCGUGCUAAACCUUAGAUAUUUCUACCUGACCAGCCUGCAUAUUGUGGCUGUGAAGGCGUGCAUGGCUAUGGAGAAGAAUACUGUUGGAUCUGUGGUUGGAGGAGACCUACUGCAGCCUGAUAUACUCCUUGAGUGUCUGUAUCCAGGUGACCGAGGGGAAGAGACGCCUAACCCCGCUAAUCGUUUCCAAAUGAAGAGGAUCGGCAUUGAAUCCUUCCAGUCCGAAAUUGAGACGGCUGGUCGACCUUACAUUUGGGCGCAGUGGCUAGCCGGUCUCCAGUUCUUGUCUAAUGUCACAGAGGUAAAGGCACAAUCGUCCGUCAGCUCGAGCCGAAUGGAUGAGAUCAUAAAACAGUUACGACGGAGAGUGCAAACCAAGAUGGUGCUGCAGAAGCAUAUUUCUGCCAUAGAGAAUGGUACGAUAUCUGUGUCCAAGCAGUACCAGAAGUUGUUCCCUGUCAAGAUCCAUUCCAAAGUCACAUCGUGGACAAGGGAGACAUUCCUUGAAUACAAGAUGCUUCCUCAGACCAAGAGUUUGAUAGACACUGGUAUGGUUGAGGAAAGAGACAUGUUCUUCACUGCAAUGAUCGAAAGAGGAUCUGCCAGGCUGAAGGCUGAUAUUGUCCUAAGUCCUGACUACCCAUACCAGUCUCCGAUCUUUGCCUUGUCCCUAGAGUGGCAGUCACAGAGAAACAAUACAAAUGAUGAGAAUAUUAGGGCAAUGGAGGCCGAGGUAAAUCUUCACUACGAUGAGCUGAUGCCAGGAGGCAAGCCCCAUGCAGAGCUACUAACCAACCAGUUGCAGAGACUGUGCAUGUGCUUGGACAUCUUCCUGGAGUCUGAAUCCUCUUACAGCACAACAGCACCGGUUGAGUUCUCAAAGGAGAAGAUGAUGCCUAGGAUUGGACGUGGUCCAGGAAGGGCUAAAGCUUUACGGUUUAUCCCUCAGAUGGGUUUCUUUGCACAGCGAUGAAUGAUGCGGUUGCAAAAUCUGACUUUCCUGGGAAUGUUUCUGUGAACUUCAAGACCCCAUUUGUCCAUGGAAGGGUCUCUUUCUUGGUUACUGACUUCAGUAAAAGGUGGCCAGUGCAGAAAUAAUGUUAAAAGUGGAUACAUGGCAGCAGGUUACAUGGUGUUGUACUAGGUAUCAUGAAUAAGUCCAGUAUGUUGAGAUUACUUGAGGGAUAAGGAUUCUUUGCAGGAUUAUGAGGAAUCAAAUUGAAAAGUCCUCUUUAUUGACCACUUUGAUCUUCAGUGUAAGAUAAAAGACAAGCUUGACCAUGUUGUGACUAUGUCAUUGUCCUAUUCUAUUGAACCAGGCCUUGUACAUUGUAUUGCAUUUAUUUUCAAUAAGAA